GCGCAGUGACACUUGGCGGCGGGAGGGUAGGGCAACAUUUUACGUGGUCUUGCGUUGGUUGGGCGGGCGGAGGGAGAUCUGGUGCUUGCCUUGGCCCGGGUGAACUGAACCGUGCUGCUUAGGAGUGCUGGAGGCUGAAGGGGCGGGGUAGGGGGGUGGUGAGGAACAGCAUGGCGGCGGAGCACGAGCUACCCAACGCUCAGCUGCGCCGCUGUCGCCGCCGCCGGAGUCGCCGGGAACUAGUGGCCUUCGUGUGUCAGUAGCCAGCCUGUAUCCCCGCCACCCCCCACCCCCGUCCCUCUUGUCUGCUGCAGCCGCCGCUAGCAGUCCCCCAGCCUUCCUGAGGGUUUCGGACUGGACGGUCCGCCGGCCCUUUAAACCAUACCAACCAGCUGGCUGGGGCAAUGGAGGACGUGAAAUUGGAGUUUCCCACCCUACCACAGUCCAAAGAAGAUGCCGAGGAUUGGACCUAUCCCAUGAGGCGAGAAAUGCAGGAAAUCUUACCUGGAUUGUUUUUGGGCCCAUAUUCUUCAGCUAUGAAAAGCAAGCUACCUAUACUACAGAAACAUGGAAUAACCCAUGUAAUAUGCAUAAGACAAAACAUUGAAGCAAACUUUAUUAAACCAAACUUUCAACAAUUAUUUAGGUAUUUGGUACUGGAUAUUGCAGAUAAUCCAGUUGAAAAUAUAAUACGUUUUUUUCCCAUGACUAAAGAAUUUAUUGAUGGAAGUUUACAAACAGGAGGAAAAGUUCUUGUCCAUGGAAAUGCAGGAAUUUCAAGAAGUGCUGCCUUAGUUAUUGCAUACAUUAUGGAAACAUUUGGAGUGAAAUACAGGGAGGCAUUUGCAUAUGUUCAAGAAAGAAGGUUCUGUAUUAAUCCUAAUGCUGGAUUUGUCCAUCAGCUUCAGGAAUAUGAAGCCAUUUAUCUAGCAAAAUUAACAAUACAGAUGAUGUCACCACUGCAACUGGAAAGAUCAUUAUCUGUUCAGUCUGGUACUACAGGCAGCUUGAAACGUACACAUGAAGAAGAAGAAGAGUUUGGAAAUAUGCAAGUUGCAGCUGCACAGAAUGGAUGAUGGUACCUCAGACCAACAUUAUAGUGUUUGAAUUCCUGUCAUUUUGUUCAUGGUACUUUCUCUAGAAAAAGUUCUGUUUGCUGGUUACUUCUCUUUAAG